AAUCUUAGGUUGCUUUACUUUACCACGACCGUUCCUGCCAUCACAAUCACUCUGUCAUUUUCCAUUCUCUCCUUAUUUUCUUCUCUUUGUUUUCUACAACAACAACCACUCUUUCACUCUUGUCACAAAAAAAAAAACUGUUUUUUUUUUGUAUAAAGACACAACACACAGUUACCUUCACGUCUUUGUUGUUAGUCUCUCUUUAUUCCUUUCUUCAUCCAUUCAUUCUCUCUUCUUUUUUUGCUUUUUUUUUUUUGUUUAAUGUAAAAAAAUAUAAUUUUUGUGGCAACUAUGAUAGAGUAACGAGAAAAAGAGGUUUUUUUUUUUGCCUUAACAUGCCUCCAUCUGGAAAGCUUUCUGGGUUUCAUCGUGAAGGUCAUCACUGGUUUAGUGAUUCUGGAUUGCCAAGUGAUAUUACUGUGUUAAUUGAGGAUUUCAAUUUCCAUCUUCAUAAGUUUCCUCUUGUUUCGAAAUGUGGAAAGAUUGUGCGUGUCUAUGAAGAAUCCAAGAAUACCAAGGAGAAGAACCCGACGAUGGUGCUGGAAGAUUUUCCUGGGGGUCCUGACACUUUCUUGAUUGUGGCCAAAUUCUGUUACGGGUUUCGUGUCGAGCUGACAGCAAAGAAUGUAGUUUUAGUCCACUGUGCUGCAGAAUACCUUGAAAUGACAGAUGAAUACGAAGAAUACAACUUGUUGACGAAAUCAGAGAGCUUUUUCCAUAAAAAUAUAUUGCGCAACUGGAAAGAUUGUAUUUUGGCUCUCCAAAGUUCUGAGCCAAUUCUAUCAAGAGCUGAAAAUCUUCAUUUAGUGAAUAAGUGUUUAAAUGCCCUAUCCAUGAUGGCUUGUACGGACCCGAGUUUAUUUGGAUGGCCAAUGAUGAUGUAUGGGAGUUUUCAGAGCCCUGGUGGAAGCAUUCUUUGGAACGGUAUAAAUACGGGUGCUAGAAUUCGGACCUCAGAAUCCGAAUGGUGGUUUGAAGAUAUCUCAUAUCUAAGUGUCGGUUUGUUCGAGAGGCUUAUUAAGACGAUGCGGUCGAGAGGUAUGAGACCUGAAAGCCUUGCCGGUGCCAUAAUGUAUUAUUCUAAGAAGCACUUGCCAGGUCUAGGUCGGUGGCAGGGUGGACAAGGUGGAACAACGAGAACAGUCGCAAGCUUUAGUUUGACGCCUGCUAGUGCUACCGUCAAUCAAAAGGUUCUUUUGGAAAGCAUGGAGAAACUUCUUCCUCAAAAGAAGGGAAAAUCUUUUUGUCGUUUCCUACUCGGACUUCUUCGGGUAGCUUCAAUAUUGAAUGCCAGUCAAACUUGCAAGGAAUCUUUAGAGCAGAGAAUAGGGAUGCAAUUGGAACUGGCAACUUUAGAUAGUCUUCUUAUUCCAGCUUAUGCCGAUUCUGACGCAUUAUAUAACACAGACUGUAUUGAACAUAUUGUCCAUCAUUUUGUACGUAUGGAGUCAAAUUUAACCGCCUUUUCUCCUUCAUCACUUGAUCCUCAAGCAUCAUCAUCAUCAUCUGAAUCAUUAAGAAAAGUUGCGAAGUUGGUAGAUAGUUAUAUUGGAGAAAUUGCGUCUGAUGUUAAUUUGAAACCAGAAAAGUUACGCACUCUUGCGCAGGCCCUCCCCGAGUCAUCGAGAUCAUUGCACGAUGGACUCUACCGAGCACUGGACAUAUAUUUCAAGGCUCAUCCUUGGCUUUCGGAUAAAGAGAAGGAAGAACUAUGCAACAUUAUCGACUACCAAAAACUCUCAAUCCAUGCCUGUGCUCAUGCCUCCCAAAACGAUAGGUUACCGCUAAGAGUUGUUCUUCAAGUGUUAUUCUUUGAACAGCUGCAUUUGAGAACAGCAUUAGCCGGAUGCGUCAAUACUUUACACAGUGAAAGCGCUCCAGCAGCUCCUGCUCGAUUGUCUGCUCGAGGUGCUACAACCGGCGAAAUCGUACAAAGAGACGGAUGGGUAUCUGUUGUGCGCGAAAAUCGGGUUUUGAAGGUUGAUAUGGAUAGAAUGAGUACUAGAGUUGGCGAACUUGAAGAAGAAUUCAGUAAAAUAAAAAAGGAAAUGAAAACCGCGACCAAAUCUCACAGUGCACGCGAUUCUCCUCGGUUUCUUGCAAGGAAACUCGGGUGCAAACUUGUUCCUAGAUUUUCAGACGCUCAACCCGAGUCCCUUGAUCGUUCUAUAUCCACACCAAGAGCAUCAGUUGACCGAGCACGCCGGUCUCAUAAGUCAAGACACACCGAAAGUUUUUCUUGAGAAUCAAGAAACCAUAGUUCCUCUUUAUUUUUACAUAAAAUAUAUAUACACAUGUAAUUGUUGUGUGGUUUAAAAAAAAAAUUGUACGUGGGAAAGGGAAGGAAAAUGUUGAUUAAUCCAUUAUGCUUUUUUAUUUAAGUAAUUUGCAUAUAUGUGAACAUUUUCCAUUUCUUUCCCAUGUCUAAAGUUGGUUUUAACUUUGUACAUUUUUUAUAAGCAAUUUCACAUAUUGUCUUGUUUAUUUGGGGCUUAGCCCUUGUAUUUAUCCACAUAGAUUCAUUCUUCAUUUUGAGAUAUUUGUAGUGAAAAUUGUUACUUUAGACAUCAAUUGUGAAGGUCAUGUCGAUGAAA